CCGGGUCGGUGGCUCCGUUUCUCCAAGCAGCAGUCACUCGCGACGCGCGCGCAAAGAAGGAAAAUGCCAAGAUGGCUCUGCAACAACACUAGAGAAUAACGCCAGCUGACGUUCCGUGCGUUGACGGGGAAAAUUGUGGAAACACCAGGAAUGAAAUGGGUUCCCGCAGCAACAGUUCAGAAAAGGCAACGACUGAGGAGGGAGACGUUUACGGACGUUUUGCGCUCGUCAAAGCUGGGAUUUUAGGUUUGGUUUUUCUUCUUGCAACAUGUGGAAAUAUUUUUUUCUUGUGCAUACUUUGGAAGAGGCGAAAAAGAAACACAAAGACCCAGCUGUUCCUUCUACACCUGUGCCUGGCAGAUCUGGUGGUCGCUUUUUUCCAAGUCUUGCCGCAGUUUCUCAUGGAAAUUACGCACCGGUUCCGAGGCACUGACUUCCUGUGCCGGUUGGUGAAAUACUUGCAGGUGGUCGGGAUGUUUGCCUCCACGUACAUGAUAGUGGCCAUGACCAUAGACCGGUACCAUGCGGUUUGUAGACCGAUGGUUUCCUUCUUGAAGGGCUCGUUUAGGAGGUACCUGUCCAUAGGGGCGGCGUGGCUAAUCUCGCUCGCCUUCAGCGCUGCACAAAUCUCCAUCUUCUCUCUGCAGGAGGUGCAGGAGAACCAGUACGAAUGCUGGGCUACAUUCAUCGAACCGUGGGGGAGCCGGAUCUACAUCACCUGGAUCACCAUGUCGGUGUUUGUCAUCCCCGCAGUCAUCGUGCUCUACUGCCAAAUACGAAUAUGCACAACCAUCUACUUCAACAUGAAGAGAAAGGCGCUGCAGGCAGUGCGCGCGGGCACCAAGGGGGUGUCCAAGGGGGUCUCCAGCGCCAUGCUGAAGACUGUCAAAAUGACAUUUGUUAUUAUCAUGACAUACACAGUGUGUUGGAGCCCAUUCUUUGUUGUCCAGUUGUGGUCGGCGUGGAGCCCCAGCAGCACGCCUACUCAAGGUUUGUCAAAGCCCAGUGUUUGCCAUCAUUAUGCUGCUGGCCAGCCUCAACAGCUGCACCAACCCGUGGAUUUAUCUCUACUACAGCUGAAGAAAAACCUCAUGCACCAUUGCAGACGAUCCAUAUCAAAAGGUCAUUUAAGAUACACCCCCCACGCCUGGCGAACUCCACAUUAACUUCGUGUUAAGUCUAUAUGUUGUUGUCUUAAUCUGACUAGAUAUGUGUCUGCAUGAGUACUGCCAGUUAAUGUUGGAUGUCAUGAAUAAAACACCAGUCAUGCA